AUGGGUUCUUCUUUGUCUCGGCCUCUUGAGCCAGUCAAGGUCGUUGCGCUUCCCGAAGCCGCUACCCCCGCCAAGCCCGCGCCCCCAGCUGUACCCGGAGCGCCCACCACUCCAGCGGAUGCCCCCCUAUUUAAUAAUUGCUGGAGCUGUCGCGUGCUCUCCGGGUCGGGGCUUAUAGGGGCUGGCGGGUACGUGUACUGGGUGGCGCGGAAGCCCCUGAAGCUGGGAUACUCCCCGACUCCGGGGAUCAUUACGCAGAUGGUCAUCGGCAUCAGUAUUGCCUGCUGGGGUAUAGUCAUCCUCACAGACCCCAAAGGGAAGUCCUACCGCACAGUUUGAAAGCACCAUCAGUGAAUUUGUCAUCUAUCCCUGUCCCCAUGACACACAGAGCAAGCAUGGGGUUUGUGGAUGUUUUGGACAGACACUUGGACAUGGACAGACUUCAGUACUGCAAAUACUACAAGACUUGGAAGACAAAUAUGGGUUGUCAUUCUUUGGUUGUGAGUGUUCUUGGCCUUCUCAGAUUCCAUUGGGAUCAAUAAAUCAGAGAAUAAAAUAGGUUCUGUGUCUUAUCUGGG